AUGGCUUUCCCCAGCAUUUCAGGCACGAGUUCAGGCAGAUCGUCCAUCAGUCUUGAAAACCCUCGUUCGACUCAGGUCAGACGUAAGCCAAGUGUGGGAAACGUGUUUUCUAGCAUUGUGAACACGGUCCGUACCUCUGUGAUCAACAGCACAAAUAUCAACUCACAGCCGUCCGGCGAAGAGUCGCCAAAUCCGACACGGGCGGCCUCUGCUGGACAAUCUUCUAUUUCCCUGCCUUCGUUGUCUGCUGAUGAUAGCUCUGGCCCCAACUCCGAACGCUACGAACAGGAUCAGACGCAAUACAAUCAGCACAAUCGGUUUGAUCGCCACCUCUACAACCUGAACAUAGCGAAUAGUCCUACAGUGGCCAAUUUGAGUGCUUACGUUGAGAACUCGCAACCGCGGCCAACCUUGGAAGCGCCUGUUCCAGUGACGAGGCUACGCGAGACAAAUAGUGCCCCACCAGAGAGUCCUUCAACCGACGCACCGGCAAAUUUGAGCGCAAUAACGUCGGAGGCCGUUGAGGGGGAUAGUGAUAUCAAUAUGGAAGAUCUGGCAGAUUCCAUGAGCGAAGGUAUCACAACACCUCUCGAUGCCCCUGGGGCAGAGAUGGAGGCGCCUAAAUGCGACGAGAAUGGAUACUACGCGAUUCGUCUCACACCAUUCAUCGACCAUUCGUCAUCGACACCAUUUAUGUAUUUUGGGCCUCUAAUUCGCAAGAUCAAGCCUGGAAUGUCGAUUAUGGUGGGGAGAUACACAGAAAAAUGCAAAAGUGCCGCCACAGCUCCACAAGGUUCCUCAGCAGCUGUGGUUUUCAAGAGCAAGGUUGUGUCGCGGCAGCAUGCCGAAAUAUCUGUCGAUCACAAUGGUACUUGGUAUUUGAAGGACGUGUGCUCUUCGUCAGGUACAUUUCUGAACCAUGUCAGGCUCUCUCCAGCAAAUACGGAAAGCAGGAAGUACGUUCUAAAGGACUCCGACAUAUUGCAAUUGGGAAUGGACUACCGAGGAGGAUCGGAAGAUAUCUAUCGAUGCGUCAAAGUGACGGUGGAGCUGAAUUCUUCAUGGUGCAGGAGAACGCAGAAAUUUAAUGAGGAAGCACACGAACGUCUAAAAAAACUCACGCUUAUGACAUCAGAAGAAGAGGUCUCGCCAUGUGCCAUUUGCUUGAGUGCCAUAAAGCCUUGUCAAGCGGUUUUUGUCUCAAGCUGUUCGCAUUCGUGGCACUACAAAUGCAUCAGGCCAAUAGUGGUCAAGACAUACCCCCAAUUUCUGUGCCCAAAUUGUAAAGCAGUCUGCGAUAUGGAAGCCGAUUUUGACGAGGACGAAUAA